AGAGAGAGAGAGAUUUCGUCGUUCAGGCAAACAGCUGUGUAGGGUGGGUUCUGUUUACUCUUUAGAGCGCGAUUAACUGAAAACUAUAGUCCAGAUUGAGAAAACAAAAGGAAAGAGGGUAAUGACGACUCUCUCUGGCCUCCGGGUGAGAAAACUGCCUCGAUGUGUCCACAGAAAUUUCCAGGAAUCAAGCUCGGUUCGAAGACUUUACUUUUUCUUUAGCCUCUGGGCGUGUCUCAGCUCUGUUCCUGGGCCAGCAGAAGCCUUAAAAGUAAGCAUGCCAGCUCGGAAGACAGCAAUCUUGGGUACAAAUGUAACACUUCAGUGUCAAAUCUCUGACUACCCUCCUCCAGAACUGGAUAUCAAAAAAACAAUCUUCAUCUGGUAUUUGGAGACAUCUGAAGGGAAUAAAGUAGAAAAACUUUAUUCAGUUGUUGCUGGAGAACAUUCUUCAAAUAGAAAUGGUUCAAGAUUGGAUACAAUUCAGUUAAAAAAUGGAAACGCUGCCCUUUUCCUUCCACAAAUACAGCUUAAUGAAGAGGGCAAAUAUAUAUGCCUUGUGAUUCUUACUUCUAAUAAAGUUGAAGGAGCCACCAUUCUAAAUCUAGUUGUUGAACCAACUGUCCAACUGUCUCCCAAGGAACUUGAAAUUGAAAACGGAAACGUAAAGACACUGACAUGUACAGUGAAUAAAUUCUAUCCUGAUGCAAUUGUCAUUCUUUGGCAAGAGCAUUCUAAGCAGAUGUUGGAUAAAGGUGUACUUGCAGAGGAUAUUUGCACGGGAACUUCUGUGAGAAAUAGUGAUGGCACUUACAACACCACCAGUAAACUGAGACUUCAACCAUCUUCACAAGAUCAAGGAAACGUCUAUAGUUGUAUUGUGCAGCAUGAAUCAUUUGCCAGAUAUCCAGUCUACAGUGUAACUUUAACAGUAACAGACCCUAACUCAACUACUAGGUUAAUCAUUUGGCUGGUUUUAGGUUUCCUGAUUUUUUUUCUUUUAGUUGGAUUGCUUCUGUACUUUGUCUUUUUGAAGAAACAUCCACCAUCCGUGGAAAUGGUUGGAAGUGAGGAACUGAAGCAUUUGGAAGAAACACAGUUGCAAUGCUUGAUUUCACACUUUCGACCCAAGCCUUUGCAGGUAGACCUCUUCUUAGUAAUUGAAGUCCAAAAUACAAAACAGAAAAUAGCCUCUUGGCAUACAACAUCAGUUGAAGAACCUAUGGAAGAUGAUGAAAAUUUUCCUCUUCUUGGAAACUUAAAGGACAUGUUCAAAUUUUAUCCAGAUUUGAAAUCAAAACCAAAAACCCAUUAUGAUUUCCAGUGGAAAAUCUGCAUAAAUCCAGAUAUACAGAAGCUGAAGAAAUUUGAACUUUUAUUAGAAGUUAAACAUAAGGGCUUUCAGCAUGGAUCUUUUUCUAAAAGGAAAUCAUUUAAAGUCAUAGCCUUACCAAUGCUUCAUGAAGUUCAUUGUUCCACAAAUGUGCCAAGAUCAAAUGAACCGCUCACUCUUAGUUGCAAAAUUCAUUCUUAUUUUCCGGAAACCCUUGAAGUCUGUUGGAAUAACGAUGAUGGAAUUCUAGACAGUUCCUUUUCAACUCCACCCACAAAAGGUGCUGAUGGGCUUUACUUUUGCAUCAGCGAGAUCCAGUAUAACCCCCAAGUGGAAGAUUCUGGAAAGAGGUUUGUCUGCAGAGCUAAGCUUGAAGGAUCACAAGCAUACAAAGAAUCUGAAUGGCAGAUGGACAUUGUGGUUCUGGCUCCCAAAGUUUGCAAAAUUGAAUGUAAGCCCUCUGUACCUGAGUGUGGGAAAUGCAUCACAUUGAGUUGCCUAUUGACAGAAUACCAUCCACCUGAGUGUGACAUUUAUUGGAGAAAGGGCUUUGAAGAGCUUAUGGAUGCUACAGUUAAAACAGAGGAACCGCAGUUGGACAGAAUGUCAAAGCUGUACUCCAGGACGAGUGAAAUAACCUUUAUACCCAGUGCAGAAGACCAUGAAGUAGAAUUCUUUGUUGAAAUAAAUCAUUGCAAGAAAAUUGUACGGAAGGGAUAUACAGUCAUGCUGAAAGAUUUUCCCAAACUUUCAAAUAUUGUUAUUGAACCAAGUGAUGCAGAUUAUGGAGAAAGUGUAAAUUUAACUUGUGAUGUCACAGAUUUCAAUCCUAAAAAAAUUGGUACUCAGUGGUUCCUGGGAGAUAAUUCAGUAAUGAAUGGUGUAGUCACAGAGGAUUUAGACAUGGCCUGUAAUGGUUGUUACAAAUUAACUUCCGUGUUUGAACUAAGAGCUACCGCUUCAGUUUGUGAUAAGGCCAUUUGUUUCAGGGUGAGCCAUGCAAGAUUGAGAAAACCUAUUACAAGAGAAGUGUAUCUAAAACUUCCAGUCAAGCGGCCUGUUUUGUCUGAAAUAAAGGUGACCCCAGAUCAUCAGAAUAUCCUCCUUGAAAUUUUUAUAUCACAAUUUGCACCUCAUGAUAUACAAGUCAGAUGGUACCAUGGCUGGAGACAAAUAUCUGAAACUAUCAAUCCCAAGAAUAUUGAGAUUGGAAAAGAUCACUUAUGUUAUCUUGUUAGUAAAAUACACUUGGAUCCAAAAGCACUGGACUUUGGGAAGACAAUACGAUGUGAAGUUAAACAUCCAACAUCUACUGAGGAAAAAAGCUUAACACUGAAUACAAUAGAUUUCUCUGAUCUUCUUGAGGAAACCCAAUAUCAUCACCAUGAGUCAUAACCAUUAGGAACUCCUUCAAAAGAGCUGUCCAGCCACUUUGAUCAGAAUAAUCCAAUCUUCCCUGGAGAAGGAAGAACCUACAAACAUCUACAAGGCCAUUGUGAAGACUAUUCUAGCCAUCUGUUGGAUAAAAUUGUUUGAAUUCACUCUGAGUUAGACUUCAGCUGUGCAAGAUCCUGGGACUGGGCUAAUGUAGUUAAGUGAGAAGAAUUUGAACCUGUUGGAUCUAAGGAAAUGGAUAAGAUCGUCAGUGCUGUGAGUGUAGCCAACCGUAUAUUAGUUCCAUGUUUACCUGGUUGGAUAACAUCUUCCAGGAGGGGAUAUAUAAUCCAUCCAAGCAACAAUGAAUGCUUUUAUUAUUUUAAAAAUAAUAGAAGUUUUAAAAAGGUGGUAGUCCAUCCCCUCAGGAAAACUCUGCUGGAUGCAGCAGUAUUGGACAAUCAUAAUUUACAUUCCAUUUACUCUUAAUCCCAGUUUGAUGGGCAUGGAUUGGGCAGCUAUCAGCACAUUUACUAUAAAUGGAAAACAUAACUCACCCAUUUUUAUGCCCCCUAAGUUAUUUUAUUAGAAUAUAAACAUAACGUUACAUUUGUAUUCUAGGAAAACUAGAGACAUUUUAUUGAAAUAGUUCCUUUUAAGUUUUUUUAUUUUUAAUUGGCUAUUAGGCUUUUUUGUAUAUGUACCUUUUUUCAAACCAUUUGAAAAGAUAUUAAUAUAUUUUGUUUACAGAAUG